AUGCCUCCGCGGAGCACUCAUAAAAAGUCCCGGAAUGGCUGUGAUCAGUGCAAGCGCAGACGUGUUAAGUGUGAUGAGCAAGGUCCAUCAUGUGCCAACUGCAUAGCUCGCGAAUUGGACUGUACCUACGCCAAUGCUCCUCGGCGGCCAGUCCCUUCAAGCGGAUAUCAGGAUGAUUCCCGGGAGCCUUCUUUCGGCCUUGCGGAUUUAGAAUUAAUGCACAAGUUCUCCACGGAGACUUAUGAAAGUCUUUGCAAUGAUCCCUCGGACCAUUAUGCAUGGAAGAUUGUUGUCCCGCAAAAGGCUCUCUCCUAUGACUUUUUGUUGAAUAGUGUGUUGGCAGUCGCUGCGUUGCAUCGGGCCACCACCACCGUCGACAAGGACGAUGCACUAGCUGCUGCGCUGGGAUACAUCGACACGGCGCUGCGAUAUUAUAACAAGGCCUUUGAGCCAUUCCAACAGGCCCUGAAUAAUCUGACACCGCUGAAUUGCGAUGCGAUAUUCGCCCACUCCAUCAUCAUAACCAUCAUCAGCAUCGCUCUCCCGCAAAAACUCCAACUCACCACAAUCGAGCGCAAUGGCACUGACAAAGACACCACCCAAACAACUACCCCCAGUAGCAUGAUAGAAAAUAUCGUCGUGGUCUUCGAGCUCCUCCAAGGCGUAAAGAGAAUCCUAAGCAUCGCCCAACCCUGGCUAAAAGCCAAAUUCUUCACCCGCCACCACGACUUCCUCAACGACUGCACCGACCCAGAAAAAGAAUUACUAGAUACCGACCAGAGCAUCCCCGGUGCCAGAUCCGCCUUUAAAAGACUUACCACUCUAAACGAAACCCUGGCCAGCUUCGACCCGGUUCAACACCGCAUCAACAACGAGGCCAUUUCGCUCCUCCUUCGAUGUUUUUCGCGGUAUGCCACGUCGGGAGAGCCUUCAGCUGUCUUGACGUGGAUUUCGGCUGUGGGAAAGGACUUUGUGGAGUGCUUGCGAUAUAGGAAGCCUUUUCCGUUGCUGAUACUGAUGCAUUGGGGGGUGUUGCUGGGGCAGUUGGAUGGGCGGAUGUGGUGGGCUAGGGAUUCGGGGAGGACGUUGGUUAUGGAGUUGUUGGUUAUGUUGCCGCCGGGGACGUAUCGGUGGGAUGGAGCGCAGUUGUGGCCGAAAGAGAGGUUUGCUCUGUAA